AUGUGGCAAUGUCGACUAGAUUCGGUUGGGCACGAGGAGGACGACGGCGGUAUCGGCCAGGGAAUGUCCGUGUUCGAGCUCGGUCUUUUUGGUGUUUCUGUCGUAGAUGUUGAUCGUACUUCUCGAGACGACCUUUGCGCCUGCGAAGGCUUUGCAGAGGAAUUCGGGGUCAUUCGCUUCGGCGGGGACGAUCGCGCUGCCGCACUUGAGUAG